AAUACACUGUUGAGUAAGAGAAGAAAAUGGAGGGCCGUAGAAUGCAGAUAUUAGCUUUAUUCUCUUUUAUGCUUAUUACGCUUCCAGCAAUACAUGGUUGGGGUACUGAUGGCCAUUCCAUAGUUUGUAGAAUUGCUCAGUCUCGCUUGAGUGAAGCAGCAGGAGAUGCUGUGAAGCAACUUUUGCCAAAAUUUGCAGAAGAUGACCUUGGAAGUGUGUGUUCAUGGGCAGAUCAAGUUAAGUUCCGUUACCGCUGGUCAUCUGCUCUUCAUUUCCUUAACACCCCUGAUACUUGCACUUACCAGUACCAAAGGGACUGCAAAGAUGAAGAAGGAGAAAAGGGAAGGUGUGUUGCUGGGGCUAUUAACAACUACACCUCCCAGCUUCUUAGCUACAACUCUUCUGCAAGUAAAGCUGAAUAUAACCUUACGGAGGCACUUCUCUUCCUUUCUCAUUUUAUGGCAGACAUCCAUCAGCCUUUACAUGUUGGUUUCGCAUCAGACAAGGGAGGCAACACAAUUGAUGUCCACUGGUAUACAAGAAAAGAAGUUCUUCACCAUGUAUGGGAUAGCAAUAUAAUUGAGACAGCGGAGGAAAGGUUCUAUGAUUCAAAUGUAGACGCCAUGAUUGAUGCAAUUCAAUAAAAUAUUACGACUGAAUGGGUAGAUCAAGUGAAAAGAUGGGAGACCUGCAGUCUCAAUAAGACAGCAUGCCCUGACAUAUAUGCAUCUGAAGGUAUCAAAGCGGCCUGUGAUUGGGCAUAUAAAGGUGCCACAGAAGGGUCAGUACUUGAAGAUGACUAUUUUCUCUCCCGAUUACCAAUUGUUAACUGGAGGUUAGCUCAGGGGGGAGUGCGAUUGGCAGCCAUUCUCAACCGUAUCUUUGGGUGAAAAAGUACCUCAUCCUAUUUUCAUUUAGAGGAAUUCAUCAGAUAUGCUUGAAGCUUUAAAUAUGGAGGAAUUACUCUGAUGUAUUACAGAUAUGGCUUAUUCCGGGCAUUGCUUGCAAAUGUAGAAAUCUAUGUUCUAUGUAUCUUUUUCUCUCUUUUUUUGGAGAAACGGUUUUUAUUAAUCCCAGAAAUCACUCCUGCCAUUUCAA